CUGCGCUCGCCGCCGCCUCCAUUUUGUCGGCAGAGGCGGAAGGAGGAGGCCGGUCGGAGAGGCUGGAGUGAUCAGCAGCUAGCUCGUCUGUGCUCGUGGGCUUUGUUCGAUCCCUGCCUCGUCGCUCCCUGGAAAGGGGGGGAGGCCUCGACCUCGAGAGGGAGCCGCCGCCACUGCAGUCCCGAGCUUGAAGUCGCUAGGACUUCUCUCAAACUUGUGUGCUGAGGAGACUCAGAUGUUGGCCUCAGCUCCUAGGCUGAACUCAGCAGAUCGGCCCAUGAAAACUUCUGUAUUGAAACAAAGGAAAGGAUCCGUCAGAAAGCAACACCUACUAUCCUGGGCUUGGCAGCAAGGAAGAAGACAAGUAGUGGAAAUCCUGCAAUCUGAAAAGCAGACUGAAAGGUGACAAAGAAGCUGAAGAUGGGUGGUGGAGAGAGGUAUAACAUUCCAGCCCCUCAAUCUAGAAAUGUUAGUAAGAACCAACAACAGCUUAAUAGACAGAAGACCAAGGAUCAGAAUUCCCAGAUGAAGAUUGUUCACAAGAAAAAAGAAAGAGGACAUGGUUAUAACUCAUCAGCAGCUGCAUGGCAGGCCUUGCAAAAUCAGGGGAAGAACAAAAAUUUUCCAAAUAAUCAAAAUUGGAACUCUAGCUUAUCAAGUCCCAGCUUACUUUUUAAAUCUCAAGUUAAUCAAAACUAUGCUGGAGCCAAAUUUAGUGAGCCGCCAUCACCAAGUGUUCUUCCCAAACCACCAAGCCACUGGGUUCCUGUUUCCUUUAAUCCUUCAGAUAAGGAAAUAAUGACAUUUCAACUUAAAACCUUACUUAAAGUACAAGUAUAAAAUAAGAUAAAGUAUUAAUGUUUCGAUUUAGUUGUUUAUGGCUAGUUGUCAAUUGGUCUCAAACAAAUUCACUGGAGAAUCUUUGUGUAGAACUGCUAAUUAGUGUAAAGAAUAUAAUUAGGCUUCAUCUCAUUUGUUUUAUGUGUUGUGUGCACUGUGAUGUAAGGGCAGUAUCAGUGCAACUUAAAAAUUUUUAAUGAAAUUAAUCAUCGUACUUAAUGGUAAGUGUUCUUGGUUGAGUAGCUUUUAAGUGAAACCAUUCAAGUUUAGAUAUGGGGAACGGUAAUCAAGUUUUUCUAUCAGAAAAAUAAUAAUUUAAGAUCAUUUCAUGAACCAGUAGAUUGCUGAAAGUGAGUCAGAUUAUAAACAUCUAGCUGAGACAUAAAGGACUGAGGAUUAGGUAAAACAUUGGAAAGUUUUAACAUACUAGAGACAUCCAAACCAGUAGUGUGCCAACAACUUGAUGCACUGCCAGAAGAAAAGGUGAAUCUUUCUUCAUAGUUGUAUUUUAUUAUAGUGCUGAAUGUGGAAAAGGCACUUGGGGCUUAUUAGAACGAGACACAGUAUACCCCGAGGGCUGUUUCUUAAAUGCAGUGAAUAGGUAUCUACCAACAAGUGCACCCAAACCAUUUUUUAUAGAAAUAGUAUUUAAUGGUUAUGCAAUAGCUCUCAGAAUACAUUUUUGUAUUAUAGCUCUGCACAAUCUAUUUUGAUAGUGAUCUGGUCUCAUCCCCUCCAAAGCUUGCUUUGGGGAGUUGUAUAAUGUGAAAGUUUUAAGUACCUAGGGAAAAAAGAGCCAUGUAAAUACAUGUAAUAAACUUGUAGCAUAUGUAAAGUUUUCUUGGCUUUUAUCCUACAAAAAUAUUUUAGUAUGAAUUUGCUGAAUGUAAGACCAUGGGCUGUUUUUUAUACUAUGGCCUAAUUUUAAAGGUCCAAAAAAAUAGUUUUUAAAGUUUGCCCUUGUGCUGAAGUGCCAGUAUAUGUAUGUUAUAAAUGAUUUGGUUGUAAACUAUGUUUCAAAGUAAAUCCUAGUGUAAUAAGUAUUAUAACUAAAAAGGUUUAAGCUGCUAAAACACUUUUUAAGAGAUGUGAAAUGCAGUAUGGAACUAUUUUCCCCCCCUUUAAUCCCAAAGACAAACUAUUAAAGGCUCCCUUCAAGCCUAAAGAUUUUGGCUUUGGCCAAGUCUUACAACUUAUGAUACAAAGAUAGUGUACAGAGCUAGUGUUUUUUGGGUUUUUUAGGUUAAGAGUAAGCGCAAGCCAAUGGACCACUUGUGCAAAAGACAGACUCUUGCAUAAUACCUUGAUAACAUGUUUUACCAACCUUAAGGGUAAAUGCUAAAUGUAACAAUCCUGUAGCAAGUUAAAAAAAAAAGUGGGUCAAUUUAAAAAAUUCUGAUUGUUAAUGCCUCAUUUUCUAGUUUGACAUCUUUUUGAUGUUUAUAGGCAGAAUGGCUAAGUUGUAUUUCUCCAAAUAAACUUGGAUGAAAUAUUGCCCAAGUCAGAUACUGGUAUCAUAAAGACAAGUUUAUAUAGUACUUACUGUACAUUGAAUUUGAAGCAUGAAAUUUAAAAAAAUAAAAUUAUUUUUCCUCCCCUGUGA